CGCGGGACCCGGCUGCUCGGCUCUUCGCAGGGGGGCUGUGCUCAACUUUGUAGCUGGACUUGGAGCGGGGGAGGUUGCGGGGGACCUCAGAAUGAGCCGCCAGCAGGGGAGUGUGUGGCUGGUGGUGGCGGCUUCACUCCUUCACGCAUCUCUGCAAGGCGAGUUCCAGAGGAAGCUCUAUAAGGAACUGCUCAAGAAUUACAACCCCUUGGAAAGACCGGUCGCCAACGACUCCCAGCCGCUCACAGUCUACUUCUCACUGAGCCUCCUGCAAAUCAUGGACGUGGAUGAAAAAAAUCAAGUUUUAACCACCAAUAUUUGGCUACAAAUGUAUUGGACAGAUUACUAUUUACAAUGGAAUGUAUCUGAAUAUCCGGGUGUGAAGAAUGUUCGUUUUCCAGAUGGCCAGAUUUGGAAACCAGAUAUUCUUCUGUAUAACAGUGCUGAUGAGCGAUUUGAUGCUACAUUUCAUACCAAUGUUUUAGUGAAUUCUUCAGGACAUUGUCAAUACCUCCCUCCAGGCAUAUUCAAGAGCUCAUGCUACAUCGAUGUGCGCUGGUUUCCCUUUGAUGUACAGCAGUGCAAACUGAAGUUUGGGUCGUGGUCCUAUGGAGGAUGGUCUCUGGAUUUACAGAUGCAAGAAGCAGACAUCUCUGGCUAUAUCUCAAAUGGAGAAUGGGACCUAGUUGAAAUUCCUGGAAAGCGGAGUGAGAGGUUUUAUGAUUGCUGUAAAGAACCAUACCCAGAUGUAACAUUCACCGUGACCAUGAGACGCAGGACACUCUAUUAUGGCCUUAAUCUUCUCAUCCCAUGCGUGCUGAUAUCUGCACUUGCCUUAUUAGUGUUUUUGCUUCCUGCAGACUCAGGAGAGAAAAUUUCACUUGGAAUAACGGUUUUGCUGUCUCUCACUGUCUUCAUGCUGCUGGUGGCAGAAAUCAUGCCGGCAACGUCUGAUUCAGUGCCAUUAAUAGCUCAGUAUUUUGCCAGCACGAUGAUCAUUGUUGGUUUUUCUGUUGUGGUGACGGUCAUUGUUCUGCAGUAUCAUCACCAUGAUCCUGAUGGAGGGAAAAUGCCAAAAUGGACCAGAAUCAUCCUUCUGAACUGGUGCGCCUGGUUUCUGAGGAUGAAGCGGCCCGGAGAGGACAAGGUCCGCCCUGCCUGCCAGCACAAGCAGCACCGCUGCAGUCUGACCAGCGUGGAGCUCAAUGCCAUGGCAGGGCAGCCAACCAGCAACGGGAACAUGCUCUACAUUGGCUUCCGCGGCCUGGAGGGGACGCACUGCGUGCCUGCUAGUGACUCGGGCGUGAUCUGCGGGCGGAUGACCUGCUCGCCCACCGAGGAGGAGAACCUCCUGCACAGCGGGCACACCUCGGAGGGGGACCCGGACCUGGCCAAGAUCCUGGAGGAAGUCCGCUACAUCGCCAACCGAUUCCGGGACCAGGACGAGGAAGAGGCUGUUUGCAACGAGUGGAAGUUUGCAGCCUGCGUGGUGGAUCGCCUCUGCCUGAUGGCCUUUUCCGUGUUCACCAUCAUCUGCACCAUCGGCAUCCUGAUGUCGGCGCCCAAUUUUGUGGAGGCCGUGUCUAAAGAUUUUGCUUAACCCAGCGCUGGUUUUGGUUCCGUAAUGCUCACUGUGUAGGAAAUAUCUGGGGCAGAAUUCUGUUUGGCUUUGGCGGGAAUUGGGGGUGCUCAUCCCAUAACAACAUGGAACCCACACUGCACAAAUGUGUCACUGUCAUCAUCAGUAUCGUUACUUUCUUAUCUGUGAUACAGGGAUGGAGUUUAUUCUACCGUCUGACAUGUAGAAUCUAAGACUUUUUCAGGGUUGGAAGGAACUGGACUUUGUAGGGCUGGAAGGGAUCUGGUCAUUUUGUUAACUUCCUAGUAAAAGAACACUUGAAGUACCCCAUGCAGCCUAAGUAUCACCCCACUUUUAAAGUUGGUUAAGACUAAAGUCCCUUCCUCAGUAUCAUUGUUAAAGCAUGUCUGCAUGUCACGUGCUGCAGAGGGCUGAAAUGACUCCACACAAACUGGUUUGAAAAGAAAUCUCAACUAAUUAAAUGUAAUAAAAUAGCUGGCUAUUUUAAAUGGCAGAGUAAAGAAGUGGUGGUUUGAUGGAAUUCAAUUUUUUCAUUUAUUUAUUUUUCUUACUCAUGAGAUUGUAGAUUAAAGACAUCAAGGGAACUUGUAGAUUAUUUAAUUCAGUCCCCUCAUUUUAUAGACAGGGCCCACAAAUUCAAAGCUAGAAAGGGAUUUAUUUAUCUAAAGUCACUUGCCUGAGCCAGGAUUUGAACCUGUUCUUUCCAAAUUAAUGUGAAGGUCGUUACUACAUGCACAAAUUCCUUUAACUAUAUUGGCUAACUUUUAAACAAGACAAAUUAAUAGCUGAAUAUAGAAAAACAACUUGCCUUUUAACUCUUUUUGAAAGACUCAUUUGAUUGUUAGCAAAAAAAAAUUUUUAGUUAAGCCAAUCAAAAAAAUCAAAUUAUUAUUAUUUUUUGGGGGGAGUGAGGGGACUCAGAACAUAACCUAAGUGUGUCUAUAAAAUUGCUUCAUUAAUGUGCAGUCUUUUAAAAUAUUUUUAAUUUUUUAUUAUGAACUUGGCAAACAUUAACCAACAUGAAUAUUUAAAUAUACAGAGGACAUCAACGAAAGAUUGCUUAUGUAUGAAACUGAACUUCUGUUACACAGUUUCUUUAAAGUAUUAAAUUCAACAUAAUGAAAUUGACUUGCUUAUCUAUGUUACUUUUCUAUUUCUAUUUUUCUAUGUAUUUUGUUCAUUAUCUUUUUGAGUGAUAUUUUCUUUUUUCAAUUACAUGAAAAAUAAUUUUUAACAAUCCUAUUUUAAAAAUUUGAGUUCCAAAUUUUUUCCCUCCUUCCCUCUUUUCUCCUCCUUGAGACAGUAAGUAAUUAAUAUAAUGUAAGCAUGUGUAAACAAGUGUAAGCAUGCAAAACAUAUUUCCAUAUUACUUGUUGUGUUGUGAAAGAAAACAAAGACCAAGAAAAAAACAUGAAAAAAAUAAAGUAAAAAACAGUAUACUUCAAUUUUCAUUCACACUCCACCAGGUUUUUCUAUGGAGGUGGAUAGCAUUUUCCAUCAGGAGUCAUUUGAAAUUUCUGAGAAUAGCUAAGUCUUUCAUAGUGACUAUCGUCCAAUAUUGAUGUUACUGUGUGCAGUGUUCUGGUUCUGCUCACUUCAUUUUGAAUCAAUUCAUAUAGUCUUUCCAGGUUUUUUCCUGAAAUAAUAGUAUUGAUCAUUUCUUAUAGCACAAUAGUAUUCCAUUACAAUCACAUAAUACAACUUAUCUAGCUAUUCUCCAACUAAUGGGCAUUCCCUCAAUUUCUAAAUCUUUUUUUUUUCUGAAAUUAUUCUACUGUUCAUUUCUUAUAGCACAAUAGUAUUCCAUUACAAUCACAUAAUACUACUCAUUCAGCUAUUCCCCAAUUGAUGGGAAUCCUCUGAAUUUCUAAAUCUUUGCCACCACUAAAAGAACUGCUAUGAAUAUUUUUUUGGACAAGAGGUUCUCCUCCCUUCCUACUUUUAUUCUAUUUGGGAUACAUAUUUAGGAAUGGUAUUGCUAGAUCAAAGAGUAUGAACAAUUUCAUAGUCCUUUACACAUAGUUCCAAAUUGUUUUCCAGAAUGGUUGGACCAAUGUAGUACUCCAUUAGCAAUUCAUUAGAGUUCCUAUUUUUCAUGACCCCCUCCAGCAUUUGUCAUUUCUGAUAGGUAUAAGAGACCAUCUAAAUCUCCAAUCAAUAGUGAUUUAAAACAUUAUUUUCAUUUGACUAUAGAUUGAUUAUGUCUUCUGAAAACUGCCUGUUCAUAUUCUUAAACCAUUUAUCAAUUGGAGAAUUUUUAAUACAAAUUUGACUCUAUUCUAUACUCAGUAUGUAUUUGAGAAAUGAAGUCUUUAUCAGACAAACUUGCUGUAAAUUUUUUGAUAAUACAUCAUUGUCUAUGGUACUUAAAUGUGGUUUUCCUGUAUCUCUUCUAAUUAGGUAUAUUUUUGCUUUUCCUUUGAGAUCAUGAUUGCUACCCCUGCCUUAUUUACUUCAGUUGUAGUGUAUUAAGAUAUUAUUUUGGUCUCUUAUUUUAAUUCUGUAUGUCUCUCUCUGUUUCAACAGUAUUUCUUAUGAACAAGGUAGUAGGGAUUCUGGUUUCUAAUCGAUCCUGCUAUCUACUUUCAUUUAUGAGUAAGCUAAUACUAUGCCCAUUCAUAGUUACCUCUGUGUUUCCCUUCAUCCCAGUGAGUAGGAUCCCUGUUUCUUCUAUCUGUUUUUAUUCUGUCCCUCCUCAAAAGUCCAUUUUGUUUCUAACCACUAUCUCCCUUAAUCCUCCCUCCUUUUGGUCAUCCUCCCUCCUUUUUAUCAUCCCCCACACUUUCUCUUAUCCCUUUUCUCUCUAUUUCCCUAUUGGGUGUAAUAGUUUUCUAUAUACAAUUGAAGUUUCUAUAUACAAUUCCCUCUUUGAACCAAUUCUAAUGAGAAUGAGUAUCAAUUAUUGACUCACCCAUUUCCCCCUUUACUGCAAAAGCUCUUUCUUGUGUGCCUUUUUAUAUGAAAAAGUUUUCCUAUCUUAUCUCUUCCUUCCUCCUUCUUCCAGUGCAAUCCUUUUAUCAUGUCUUAUUUAUUUUGAAGUCACAGUUAAUCCAACCCCAUGCCCUCUGUUUGUGUAAACUCCUUUUAAUUUCUCUAAAAUAAUAUAGUUAUUGAGAAUUAUGUGUAUAAUCUUCUCAUUUGUGUUGUAAACCAUUUGACUUUAUUUUGUCACUUAGCAUUACUCUUUCAGAUUUACCUUUUUCAUGCUUCUCUGUCUUAUAUUUUUUAUACAGCUCUGAUCUUUUCAUCAUCUUGGAAGUCCUUUAUUUCAUUAAAUAUCCUUUUUUUCUGCCUGAAGAAUUAUACUCAGUUUUGUAGAAUAAGUUAUUUUAGAUUGUAAUUCUAGCUUCCUUAUUUUUUGGAACAUCAUAAUCCAAGCCCUCUUCUUCUUUACUGUGGAAGCUGCUAAAUCAUGUGUGAUAUGUGAAUGGUUUCUUUCUGGAUGCUUAUAUUUUUUUCCUUGACUUGGGAGCUCUGGAAUUUAGUUACAAUAUUCCUUAUAGUUUUCAUUUUUUGGAUCUUUUUGAGGAAGUGAUUGAUGGGAUCUUUCAAUUUCAGUUUUACCCUUUGAACCUAAGAUAUUGAAGCAAUUUCAUCUAUAAUUUUUUGAAAGAUGAUGUCUAGGCUCUUUUUUAUUAUUAUAGCUUUUAGGUAAUUCAAAAAUCCCUAAAUCAUCUCCUCAAUCAGGUCAAUUGUUUUUCUGAUGAAAUAUUUCACAUUUUCUUCUAUUUUUCCCAUGCUUUUGACUUUGAUUGUUUCUUAAUGUCUCAUGGAGUCAUUAGAACUUACCCAGUUCUAAUUUUUAAGCAGUUGUGUUCUUCAGUGAGUUUCUGUACUUUAUUUUCCGUUUGGUCUAUUUUGCCUUUUAAGGAGUUCUUUUUUUCAAUUGAGUUUUUGUGCCUCUUUUACAAUUAGGCCAACUUUGUUUUAUAAGGUGUUAUUUUCUUAAGUAUAAUUUUGUGCCUUUUUUAAUCACACUGUUAAUUCUCUUUUCAUAAUUUUCUUCCAUCACUCAUUUCUUUUCCCAAUUUCUCCUUUUUUGCUCCUAUAUUUUCUUGAAUUCUAGGAUUCUUGUUGAACUCAUGUUUGAUUACAUUUUACUUUGAGGCUUUGCUUGCAGAUGUUUUCACAUUAUUGUCUUCUGAUUUUAUGUCUUGGUCUUCCCUGCUAUCAUAGUGGCUUUUAAUGGAUAAGGAUUUUUUUUGUUUGUUCAUAUUUCAAUCUUAUUUCUUCAUUUUGAACUGUAUGUUAAAGUUGGGCUCUGCUCAUCUUGGGAUAGGGAGUCACUGUCCCAAACUUUAACCUUCUUUGUGCUGCUGUUUUCGGAGUUAAUACUGGGCAUCUUCAAGUUUUUGGUGCUUUUAAGAUGAGAUGAGUCAGGGAGAGAUGUGGUUACUACUCUUCUGAUUUAUAUUUUCUGUGCUUACAAAAGAAGGACCUCUGUUCCCCUGCAGCUGCAAGGUCUUGGAAUUGUGAUUAGGUACCCUUUUCUCUUGUGAUCACAAAUGCUAGUAUUCUUUUUUGUCCUGAAACUGCAAUCAGGUUCUCUAUUCUUUGUGAUCCACCACAAUUGCUUUUCUACAUCUGGAAUUGCAGCCCAGAACUUUGUAGUACUAGCUGUACCCAAUGCCAACAAAAGAUCUCUUGUAAUCUUUUCCUGACCAGUAGUCUGGCUCCUCUUCACCAUUUCUAGUCUUAGAAUUCCUGAAAUUGCUGCUGAUCCUGCUGCUGUUGCUGCAGAUGUGUAUGUAUGUUCUACAGGUCUCCAUCGAUGUUAUAGACUUCUCCUGCCAAGCUUCUAAAUAUUUUUAGCGGAAAAAUGUCUCAUUCAGACUUUUGUUGGCUCUGUUACUCCCAAUAAUUGAUUUGAGGCAUUCUUUUAAAGUUGUGUGGAGGAGAAUGUUGGGAGUUCUACUGGGUUGCUAUCUCCAGUCUACCAUCUUGUUCUCUUUUGAAGAAUUUUGUUGCUUCCAAACAUUUCUUUAUUACUUCAAGAUAUUUGGGGAUUUAGUUUGGUUUCCUUUGUGUAGCAGAAGCAGAAAUUUCUGGUCUUGUGACUCUUUGAGUCCCUCCUUUGUUUUUUUAUUGUGUUUUUUCCUCUUUUUUGCAGCAACUGAAGGAAUUCUAUUACAAUUUUCUGCACAAAUUAACUUGGUUUUCAGGAAAAGCAAUUUGGUAUAAAAUCAACAGUCAGUGGGCAUGACUGCAACUCAAUGAACUGUCCAAGUGUUCUAAAAUAAUGCAUGAAAUGCCUUAAAGAUGCUUGAAUUUGUUGACAUAGAGCUCUUUAAAUAAUCUGUUGAAUCAUCUGAAUGAAAUUCAUCAAAUGAGAAUCAACCCCCUCCUCUUUCUCUUUUGGUUCAGGGAGCUUCUCUAGGAAUUCACUGGGGUUGGUUCUUUUGCCAAGUGCAGUCUGUGACUCCCACAGCACACUAAUUAUUCAGAUCAAUUGGGGACUUAAUGAUCCAGCUAAAAGAGUUUUUUGGAUAACUGACUGUGUCAGCAAGGAAGGAGGAGGCUGAAUAUCUAUGGUUGGAAACUCCUCAACCAUACUAGUUUUUGCCACUAGGGCUUAGCUACUCUCCUGAAAGGAAGAAUCCAUGACAUUAAUCAGGUUCAAUGGUCUUUGGUUAAUUAACAUUUACAUAGGAAAGGGAUGGUUUUAAGAUGAUAUGAAUUUUUCUCUUUACUUUUCAGUGAUAACUAGAUCUUUUUUUUCUUUCUUUAAUAAUUUAGCUUUGCAUUGUCAUUCUGCUUCUUUCUCAUUAAAAUAAAAGUAACAAGUCACAAGAAUACUCUGUUCUACUCUUGCAGAAAGCUCAAUCUAAUAAUAAGACAGUAAGCAGGUACAACAGAAUUUCCUGUCUGAGACUUGAUGAGGUGUGAUGAGGAAAAAGUAUAAAUGCAGAGCAACACCAAGAAAUUAGAAUCUAAGAAGACCUUGGUGAAGUCCCAAUUUUUCCAUAUACUGCCUGUCACUAAGGAGAGAUCAUUUAACCUCUUGGUGCUCCCAAAUAAUGCUUUAAGACAAGUUAUAAACUGGUACUGAUUCUCAUUGGUGGCAGGAGCUUCCAUAAUGAAAAUUCUACAACACAACGAGAUUAACAACAAUAAAAAUGGAACAAGUCAAACUUAAUAAUUUAUACAUUUUUGGACUCCUAAGCAUGAGAAAUUGGAUGCACUUUUCCCCUACCCUUUAAACUUUUCUUCUAAAUGAAUUAUUUAUACAUAAAUUCCUAAGAAUCAAGAUGAAACUGAAAUCUUUUAUAGCACAUGUGUGUUUGUGAUAUAUGUGGGCUACAGGGAAUGUCUUGGUUUCUGCCAAGAAGUGUUAUGGACUUAGCUAGGUAGACUUUAAAGUGAGUUAGGUCAUCCCAUGUCACACCAUUAGGGGCUAGAAUCAAUCUCACUCCUACUUAUAGGAUAUGUGUGAGCAAUGUGCAAUCUUUUCUUGUGUUUUUCUAUUAAAGUAUCUUGAAUGUAAGAAAAAUAAGCUUUUUUAGCUAUUUAAAUAUUUUACCUUAUUUAAUAUCAGUAUGCCAUCAGUAUGCCAAAAAACUACUGUUCCCACCUUAAAUUAAAAAAUAAGUUAGUUUUAAGGAAGAAUACAUGGCAUAUUUAAGGAGUAUCCAGUGGUAAAUCAUUCUUUUUUUUUAAGUGGAUUUAAAAUGUUAUAAUAGAUUUAAAAAUUAAUUUUGAAAGUGUUCUGUCUAGAGCUGUGGAGUUUAAGAUUUCUUCACCUAUAUUGUUCCACUCUUCCCUCUUUGUGAAGUGAAAGUAACCAAGUGUCUCAUACUUCUUGCGACAGUAUUGCUUUUUUGUUAAUUUUGUUAAAUGUAUAAUGGCUUUUUAAGACAUGUAACCAUGAAAUGUUAUUCUAGUUAAGUCUUGCAAAAAUAAAUAUUUUAGAUCAAAA